AAUUGCAUUCGCCAUCUGGACCUUUAACCCCAGGGAGCGUGGGGGAGGGGUCUGACACCCCCCCCUCCCCCGUCCCAGGGAGAUUUGGCCCGAUCCUGAGCGGGCCCCCUCCCCGGGGGCAGAGCUGGGACCGUGGGGGGGUGUCCAGAACCGGUACCCGAGCCCGCCCCCCCCCCCCGAUGGACGGCUGGCGGCUGUUGCUCCUGCGCAGCGACCUUCCCCGCUCCUGAACGACCCCCCCCCCCGCCCCUUCCCGUGCCAGACGCUGCUUUGGGGUCAGUCAGAAGGGGCAGCCCCCCCCCCCGCCCUUCCUGUAUCAGCACCGAGCUAAAACCCUGGCGUGGCUCAGGUCCCCUGGCUCUGGGGAGACGCAGCUCCCCCCCUCCCCCAUUGCCUGACCCUCCCCCCCCCAGCACUGCUUCGAAACUCAGCCCCUCUGACCUCCAGUCCAGCCUGGAUGUUUUACGACCCCCGCCCAGCCGGACGCUCCUGAAGGUCUAUGGCUUGCUGGAACUAAAGCGUCAGGUAGCCGGGCCCCCUGACGGCGCCAUGGAGCGCCUGCUGCUCUACGCCCUGGCCCUCUGCCUGGGCCCCUCCCGCGCCCAGCUGUGCCCCCCCCGCUGCACGUGCCAGAACCUGUCCCCCUCGCUGGCCGUGCUGUGCGCCCGCGCCGGGCUGCUCUUCGUGCCGGGGCUCCUCGACCGGCGCACGGCCGAGCUGCGGCUGACGGACAACUUCAUCGCGGCCGUGCGGCGCCGGGACUUCGCCAACAUGACGCGGCUGGUGCACCUGACCCUCUCCCGCAACGCCAUCCGCCAGCUGGUGCCCUUCGCCUUCGCCGACCUGCGCGGCCUGCGGGCCCUCCACCUGGACGGCAACCGCCUGCCGGCCAUCGGGGCCCAGCAGCUCCGAGGCCUGCCCAACCUGCGCCACCUCAUCCUGGGCAACAACCAGCUGCAGGCCGUGGCGCCCGGCGCCUUCGACGACUUCGCCGGCACCCUGGAGGACCUGGACCUGUCCUACAACAACCUGGCCCGGCUGCCCUGGGAGACCGUCCGUCGCCUUAGCAACGUCAACUCCCUCAGCCUGGACCACAACCUCAUCGCCCACGUGCCCCAAGGCGUCUUCGCCGACCUGCACAAGCUGGCCCGGCUGGACAUGACCUCCAACCGGCUGAAGAAGAUCCCCCCGGACCCGCUGUUCCUCCGCCUGCCCGUCUACGCCAAGUCGAAGGGCUCGCCCCUCUCCUCCCUGGUGCUCAGCUUCGGGGGGAACCCCUUGCACUGCAACUGCGAGCUGCUGUGGCUCCGGCGCCUGGCGCGCGAGGACGACCUGGAGACCUGCGCCUCGCCGCCCGAGCACCUGGGCAAGUCCUUCUGGAGCGUCCCCGAGGAGGAGUUUGUCUGCCAGCUGCCCGUCAUCACCCACCACACGGGCCGGCUGGCGGUGACGGAGGGCCAGGCGGCCACCUUGCGCUGCCGCGGAGCGGGCGACCCCGAGCCGGCGGUGCACUGGCUCUCUCCGGAGGGGAAGCUGGUGGCCAACGGCUCCCGGACGCUGGCCUACGAGAACGGCAGCCUGGAGAUCCUGGUGGCCGCCGUCCAGGAUGCCGGCGCCUUCACCUGCGUGGCUUCCAACGCCGCCGGCGAGGCCUCCGCCUCCGUGGAGCUGCAGGUCAGCCCCUUGCCCCAGCUCGCCGACGGCACCCGCCCCCCGGCGCCCGGGCCCUCCGAUAUCCUCACCUCGGCCAAGGCGGGCGCCGAUGGGAGCGCCGCCCCGCGGGACCGGGGGGUCCUGGCCUCUGAGCUCUCGGCGUCCUCUGCCCUCAUUCGCUGGGUCCCGCCGCGGCCCGGGCCCGGCGUCCGCAUGUACCAGAUCCAGUACAACAGCUCCUCUGACGAGACCCUGGUGUACAGGAUGAUCCCCCCGCCCAGCAGGGCCUUCCUGGUGAAGGACCUGGCGGCGGGGCGGGCCUACGACCUGUGCGUGCUGGCCGUCUACGACGACGGGGCGACGGCGCUGACGGCCACCCGCCCCCUGGGCUGCGUCCACUUCAGCACCCAGCCCGGCUCCCCGCAGUGCCGCUCCCUGCACGCCCACUUCCUGGGGGGCACCAUGAUCAUCAUCAUCGGCGGGAUCAUCGUCGCUUCCGUCCUGCUCUUCAUCAUCAUCCUCAUGAUCCGCUACAAGGCCCACGACAGGAACAAGCAGGCCGAGGUCAGCAACGUCUAUUCCCAGACCAACGGCGGGCAGCCCCCGGCUUCCCGGGCGCAGGACGGGGCCGACGACAGAGUCCGGGAACAAAACGGGGUGGCCCUGAGGAAGGACUGCGAGAAGGGGCUGGCCACCCGUGGCCAAGAGGCGGGCGUGGGGGAGACACCCUCUCCCAGGAGGAGGAAGUGGUCAAGGACUAACCUAGAUCUCCGCCGCAAGUGCCCGACGCCCGGCCAAGCCGAGGAACAAGCGCCCCCGGAGGCCGUGCCCCCCCCGGGUGAGAGGAGACAGGCCGGCGAAUGGACCGAUGUGAAGAUCUGAGCAUCUCACCCAGCAGGAGUGUGGCCGAGCCAUCGGGGCACCCUCAGGUAUCCCCAUGGUCACCGGAACCAGUGGGGCCCCCCUCCCUGCCCCCUCAGGGUUCCCGUUUCACGCCCCCCACCCAGCAGCCGGACCAUAUGGGACCCAGACUGUGCCCCUUCCCCCCCUCCCCCCACGGAGCGGGGCCUGUGAGGGGGUGUGCCCAGACAGGCGGGCUUUUGCAGGACCCCGUUUCUCCACGGGAUGGCGCCGCCCACCCCUGCCCUGGCUCAGGGGUUUGUCCCGGGCCCAUGUGGCUGGCCCCAUGCUGGGGGAGGGGGCGCCUCCUGCUACCCUCCCGCCGAACUCCUGCUCUUGCCUGCAGCCCCAGCAGCUGUUUUUCUAUGACACCCCCCACCACACACACACACUCACAAGUUUUCAAACGGUGUCUAAUUUUCUAAUAAACUCGCCUGCUCUGAG